CCAUGAUAUCGACUUUUUCCCCUGUAAACGAUCCAAAGCCCUAACCCCGGGCCAAAGCUUCCGCCGUCCCUCCUGCGAGACGUCCAUGGCGGAAGGGACAGACGAGCGGAUCUCAGCCGCCGAAUCCUCCCCCACUAUGGCCUCCAUGUCGCUAGAUCCUUCAUCCUCGGUUCCGGCAACGGCCUCGUUAACGUUGGAAGAGAAGUACGCACUGGUGAGGAGCGUGGGAGAGGAAUGCAUUCAGGAAGAUGAACUUCGUAACCUCCUCGAGAAAAAACCGAAUCCUAUCUGCUACGAUGGAUUCGAACCAUCGGGGAGGAUGCACAUUGCCCAGGGUGUCAUGAAGACAAUAAAUGUGAACAAGCUGACAUCGGCUGGGUGCACUGUAAAAAUAUGGAUCGCAGAUUGGUUUGCGCAGCUAAACAAUAAAAUGGGGGGUGAUCUGAAAAAAAUCCGAACAGUUGGUCGUUAUCUUAUUGAGAUUUGGAAAGCUGUUGGGAUGAAUCUCGACAGGGUUGAGUUUCUGUGGUCCUCAGAUGAAAUUAAUGGGCGUGCACAUGAGUAUUGGCCUCUUGUAAUGGACAUAGCUCGACGAAAUACUCUUCCGCGGAUAAUAAGAUGUAGUCAGAUUAUGGGUCGAAGUGAACAAGAUGAGUUGACUGCAGCUCAGAUAUUUUAUCCAUGCAUGCAGUGUGCUGACAUAUUCUUCCUGAAGGCUGACAUCUGCCAGUUAGGCAUGGAUCAACGAAAAGUGAAUGUGCUUGCAAGAGAGUACUGUGAUGACAUUAAAAGAAAAAACAAGCCCAUUAUUCUGUCACAUCACAUGCUGCCUGGAUUACAGCAGGGGCAGGAGAAGAUGUCAAAAAGUGAUCCAUCUUCUUCCAUUUUUAUGGAAGAUGAGGAGGCUGAAGUGAAUUUGAAGAUAAAGAAAGCUUACUGCCCACCAAAGAUUGUGGAAGGAAACCCAUGUCUAGAAUACAUUAAGUACAUCAUCUUCCAAUGGUUUGGUAAAUUUGUGGUUGUACGAACUGCAGAAAAUGGCGGAGACAAGACAUUCACUAGCAUGGAAGAACUAAUCGCAGACUAUGAAAGUGGGGCACUGCAUCCAGCUGAUGUAAAACCGGCUCUUGCGAAAGCAAUAAAUCAGAUAUUGCAGCCUGUCCGUGAUCACUUUAAAAACAAUAGGGAGGCCAGAGAGCUACUUAAAACCAUAAAGAAUUACAGGGUUACCAGGUGAUCGCUCAAAGAGACUACUGGAUUGAUUGCCCAGAAAUCAGUCUAUUUAAGAGAACCUUCUGAGUUGUAUUUUUCACUCAAAUCCUUGAGCCCUUCAAAACUGAUGAGUUUUCCCAUAUCACUAUUUGAUUCUUGUGCUUCUAUCAUCUGAUAUAUUAUGGUCAGCAACUUGAGUGCAACAUGAUCGGCGGAAGUGAACUAGUGUGGUUUAUGCUUGUCAAGCUAGUUCUAGGGAUGCUGAUAUGUGAGAAAAGGAUGAGUUGUAUACCAUUUUGUACUUUCAUUAUUUGGAAACAAGAUGAGAUCGCAGUUGAUAUAUGCAGUGAUUUCUGAGCUCUAUACCUUUGAAA